GCACCAAAGAGAGGGGGUGGGGGAGGGAAGUUUUAAAGCAAAGGAAACACAAAGGACCGAUCAUUACAAAAGAAUAGAGAGGGUGGUUGGUGUUGUGGAACUAAGAAAUUAAUUAUGCAGAAGAUGCUAAGCCUUGGUAGUAUCGGAAGCAGUGGGAGGCUAUCAACAGAGGAGAAUAUUGAGGAACAUGAGGAGACCUUAUCAAGUUUCCAAGCUAGGGAAGAAGAAAUUGAGAGAAAGAUAAUGGAGGUUAGGAACAAGGUUCAGCUUCAAUUGGGUCGUGCCGAAGAAGAAACUAGGCGUUUGGCACACAUUUGGGAAGAACUCGAAGUAAUGGCAGAUCCCAUGAGGAAGGAUGUAGCUAAUUUUCGAAAGAAAAUCGAUAUAGCUAAUCGAGAGCUUAAGUCAAUUGGACAUACCUGCCAGAAGAAGGAAAAGGAGUAUAAAGAGGCACUUCAAACUUUCGAUGAAAAGAACUUAGAGAAGACUCAGCUUGUCACCACUUUAGUAGAGCUGCUAGCAGAGAGCGAAAGAUUGAGGAUGCAAAAGCUAGAAGAGCUCAGCAAGAAUAUAGAAUUACUGCAAUUGGAUAAAUAGUCAUUUAUGUAUUGUAUUGAUUGGUUUUCUAUUGUUUCCUCAAAUAAAUUUGCGUGUACAAUGAAUGCUUGGCACAUAUAUCAUAUAUUAUACAUAUACGGACAAUAAUAUUUUAUCGGGCA